CAACUUCAGCGGUCGGCUCAGAUCUCCUGGGGAACGUGAGGGGUGUUAGAUUUCUUUUACAAUGGAAACUCAAUCAGGAAACGAAGCAGAGGUGCUGAAAGUUUUGGGACCCACACGGGUCACCGAUGCCAAAGAGGACCUGCAAGAGAGUCGACGCAUUGAGAGGUUCGACAUCCCGCUUACCAACCUAAAGAACAUGUUUGAGAAACCACAAGUUCGGGAUCUGGAAGUAAAAGGCUCACCGUCGAAUGCUUUGAAUCAAAAGAGCAAGGGACCAUCGAGGACACAUGUAUCCAAUCAGAGUGAGGAGAUGAGUAACUCUGCAGGCAGCACAAGUGUUUCAGUGCUAACAGAUACAGAAGGUGGAGUAGAGACUGUCCCUUUAAAGGAACGACUGGCUUUAUACCAGGCUGCUAUAAGCAAAGAGGAGAAAAAACCUACUAGUGUGAUGGCGGACUCUGAAGCAUGCUCUGUACCAGGAGGACUGGCCAGUGUAAAGAAACAGUUUGAGAGUCAGAAAAUCAGCUCAUCUACAUCCUCACACACCACAGUCACACAGUGCCACUACCACCAGAGACAGGAGGUGGUAAGCUCAUCAGAAAUGAGUGUGAGGAGCAGUGUGGAAGGAAGUCAUGAUGUAAAGAUAUCUCAAGAUCAGAAAGUUCAACAGAGUGUAGCAUCUAGCUUUGGGAGCCAUUUUGACGAAAACGUAACGGUGAUAGGAGAUCAGCCUAAAAUUUCAACCCAGGCACUAAAACAGCAACAUGAAAAAAGCAUCGAAGAAGCCAGUCCAAGCAAGCAGCUCAAGAUUGAUAGUGAUUACAGCCAGUUCCAAUGGGAGCCAGCUAAUGUGUCAUCAAAGAUUGCAACAGGAAGUAGUUAUAAGUCUGUUACAAACAGUAAGAAGGAGACCUCCUCCUCCUCCUCUACAUCUGCCUAUUACGAAACCUCUGAUCAGUCUGCCCUUCCACCACCACCUACUGACUUCCUUCAGGUUCCUGGAGAGGUUCCAGAGCGUUGUGUCUCACCUCAGCCCCCUGAUCAACAUGCUGCCCAAAAGGGUCCCAUUAGCAAGGAACAGUAUUUUAAGCAGAAAAACCUCCUUGAGUUAAAACGCCUGUACAAGCAUAUCCAUCCAGAGGUCCGCAAGAACCUGGAGAGAGACUUUAUUACUGAAAUAGAGCAAUCUCACAUGGACAGUGAUGAGGAGGUGAGUGGUGACGUGCGGCAAGCCCGAUACGUUUUUGAGAACAAUGGCAGCAGUCCUGGUAAAUGUAUGAGCCCAGAAAGAGAGUAUCUGGAAUGGGAUGAGAUUCUGAAAGGUGAGGUGCAGUCCAUGCGUUGGAUGUUUGAGAACAAGCCACUUGAUACUAUCAAAGAUGACACACCAGACGAAAAUGAAAGCAGAAAUAUUGCUCAACAGGAAAUCAUUGCUGGAAAGGACGUUAGAUUUACCACUUGGAUGUUUGAAACACAACCUAUUGAUGCGCUGGGUUCAGAAACACCUGACUCAAUGGAGCACAGCAGUGAACAAACAGAUCUAGCAAGAGGAGAUGUCCGGACUGCAACCUGGCUGUUUGAGACACAGCCUUUGGACUGCAUGAAUAAAAUUUACCAAGAGGAUGAGGAGGAGGGGCAUGUGGUGUAUACCAAAGAUAUAGCAGGAGGAGAUGUAAAAACUGCAAGAUAUCUGUUUGAAACUCAGCACCUUGAUUCCCUCGGCCACACUGAGACAAUAGAUGAGACACACUUCCUCCAACUAAAGUCAGAACUCGAGGAGAUUAAAGGUGAAGUUAAAACCACAACCAGGAUGUUUGAGACACAACCUAUGUGUGUUAUCCGGGGUGACUCUGGAGAGAUGCUGCAGAUUACAACUGUCAGACGUGAAGAAACUGAGAAAGGUGAUGUGAAAACAUCCCGCUGGCUCUUUGAAACCCAACCUCUGGAUAUGAUUAACAGAGACCCGACUCAAGUUAAGUUGAUCUGUGGAGUCUCCAUGGAAGAGAACUAUCAAGGAGGAGUGAAUCGAGGCAGGUGGCUUUUUGAGACAAAGACUUUGGAUCAGAUCAAAGAUGAAGAAAUAGAGAGCACCAAAAUUCAAAAGGAGGAGAUCAUAGGAGCCGAUGUUAGAAGACACUGCAUGGUUUUUGAGACGCAGCCCAUGGAUACACUGAAAGAUAACAGCAAUGCCAAAUCACCUGAACUAGAGGACAUUAUUGGUGGUGAUGUAACGUCAACCAGACAUUUGUUUGAGACAGUGCCAAUGGAAAAUCUGAAGGAGCUGCCUGAAGUUGGAAAACUACAGAAGGUUGUUGCAUCAGAAGAAGAAAAGGGUGAUGUAAGACAUCAGAAAUGGCAGUUUGAAAGUAAGCCUCUUGAGCAAAUCAGAGAAGACGAAAAAGAAAUCUCACGCACAGUUAAGCUGCAAGAGAUAGACAAGGGUGAUGUCACCAACUUCAAGGAGAUAUUUGAGACGAUGGAUCUGAGCAAGUGCAAAGAUACACAUAAGAUUGAAGUUGAAGGGGUCACAGGUGGAUCUGUGAAAUCAAACAAAGUGCUCUUUGAGUCCACUCCCUUGUAUGCCAUCCAAGACAGCUCAGGACACUACCAUGAAGUCAAAACUGUACAUCGCGAAGAAAUUGUCAAAGGUGAUGUAAGGAGCUGCAAGUGGAUGUUUGAGACCCGGCCAAUUGAUCAGUUUGAUGAGAGCAUCAACAAAUUCCAGAUCAUUAAGGGAAUUUCUAAACAAGAAAUUGAAUCAGGAGAUGUCAAAACAGCAAAGUGGUUGUUUGAAACUCAGCCACUUGAUGGAAUCAAAUAUUUCAGCAACAUGGAAGAGGAGGACAACAGGAAAAACGAGUCAAUUGAAAUCCAAAAGGGAGAUGUCAAGACAUGUAGGUGGUUGUUUGAGACUCAACCACUGGACGAACUGUAUGAAAAAACAGAGAUAAAGACAGAGGACACCACUGAUAUCCAGAAAGGUGAUGUUAAGACCUGCACCUGGCUCUUCGAGACGCAAAAACUUGACACUAUUAGAGAUGAGUCAGAAACUGUAUUGAAAACUUGCACAGUAAACCAAGAAGAUGUGCAAGGCAAAGAUGUACGUCUAGCACGUUUCCUGUUUGAAACUGAGAACUUGGAGAAUAUUAAAGGUGGUGAGGAUCAGGAAAACUUUAAGAGAGUAACACAGAUUGAUGUCCAGUCUGGAGAUGUAUCAAGAAUGAAAUACAUAUUUGAGACACAAUCAUCUGACAUCAUGACCUCCACAUCUGAGGAUACUAUGCAAAAACUAAAACUGCAACACGCAGAAGACAUUCAGAAAGGAAAUGUAGUCAACUGCACAUGGAUGUUUGAAAAUCAACCAAUUGAUACCAUUAAGGAACAAGGUGAAGGAGUUAAGGAUGUGCGUACAGUAACAGAUGUUCAAGGAGGGAAUGUUGACAAAGGCCGUUUUAUCUUCGAGACAUUUUCCUUGGACAAGAUUCAGGAAGAUUCUUCUGAGACAGAAAUCAGUAAACUUCAGACUAUUACACGAGAGGAGGUCGAAAAAGGAGACGUGAAGAACUACACUAUGAUGUUUGAGACCCAACCACUGUAUGCUAUUCGGGACAAAGAGGGGCACUUUCAUGAGGUUACUACAGUCACAAAAGAGGAAAUUCUGAGAGGUGAUGUGAUUGGGGCACGAUGGAUGUUUGAGACAAAGCCUCUGGACUCGAUUAGAGACACAGAUGAGGUUUAUGUUAUCAAAGCAGUCACAGAAGAAGACAUACAAAAAGGUGAUGUCACCACAGCCAGGUGGAGGUUUGAAACACAACCACUUGACAAAAUUUCUGAGAAUAUAACAGUGGCUACUAAGACAGUUGCAGAUAUCCAGGGUGGAGAUGUCCAAACCAAUAAGCAGCUCUUUGAAAAUGAAGACAUGUCACAGAAGUACGUACGAACUGUUAGCGUAAGUGAGAUACAAAAGGGUGAUGUAAGAAGUGCCACGUGGAUGUUUGAAACUCAUACAAUUGACAAGAUCCGUGGAGAAGGAUCAGAAUACAAUGAGCUGGAUAAAGUAACACAGGAGGAAGUGGUAAAGGGUGAUGUAAAGCAGUCAGUAUGGCUUUUUGAAAAAGAGCCUCUUGAUCGCAUUAAGGACAGCGAUGGAACAGAAAUUGUGAUAUCCCGUGAGGAAAUUCCCAAAGCCGACGUCAAGACGACAACAUGGCUCUUUGAAACUACACCACUGACUGGGUUUAAUGAGACCAACGUGGAGAAGACUGAGAUCAUUGGCAAAAGCGUCAAACAGACACUAGAGGAACUUUACAGUCAGAGAAUGGUUGAUUCUCAGGGGAUUAUAAUUGAAGCUGAUGAGAUUGGUGAUGUCAGAAUGGCCAAGUAUAAACUUCAAAAUCAGGAAUCUCCAGAGAUCCAAAGAGAGGAGGUCAUUCGAGGAGACCUGAAUAAUAUCAUGAUGAACCUGCUCAAUAGGCGUGAGACAGAGAAAGGGAUCACUAUUGAUGCAGAGGAGAGAGGAGACAUCAACACAACUGUCAAGCAACUCUUUAACCAGGAUAGGGAAGUCAGUGUAGAAAAAGAGGAUAUCAUGCAAGGAGACAUACAAGAAGCAAUAAACAAUCUUCUGAAGCAGGAAGGGGCAGCAAAACAUGGCAUUUUAAUUCAGGAAGAUGAGAAAGGAGAUGUAAGAAUGACUAUAUACUCACUUUUGAACAAAGAAGAAGAAGGUGGACUUGUAAAAGAAGAUAUUGUUAAAGGAAACGUACGUGGAACUCUGCAUAGGCUUUUGUGCAAUAGUGAUACUAAAGACCCUACUGCAAAAAUACAAAUAGGCGAUACAGAGAGAGGCAAUGUAAGCUUCUAUUCAACUUGUAUUGAGUCUGGAGCACUGGAAUACCUGAAACAACUUCAAAUAGGUUCAGAUGAAACAUCCCAAGAAACACUUAAAGAACAGAUUAUUGGAGGUGAUGUUGAGCAUACAAAAUUGAUCCUAAAGAACAAUCGUCAAGCAAUUGAACGAACAGUUGCAGAAGAUGAUAUUGUUCCAGGGGAUGUUCUCAACACAGUUCAGGUUUUUAUGAUGGAACCAGUGCUGUCUUUAAACAACAUACAGAAAGAGGAGAUUGUAAAAGGAGACCUGAGAGCAACACUUGACUCACUAACCCAAGCAGUGAAUCAGUACAAAUUGGUUGAGAAAGAGGAGGUGGUCAAAGGUGAUAUAAACACAACACUUAAAUCACUGGAAGAGGCCCAGAACCAACUUAAAGAACUGGAGAAACCUGAAAUUGUUCGGGGGGACAUCAGGGGUGCCCUAGAUUCCCUUGAAAGAUCAAUCACCACCAAGACUGAGGUGAUAGUUGAAGAUGUAGUGGCGGGUGAUAUCAAGAGCACUUUGAAAUCCCUUGAGGAUGCAAAGCAGGCUGUAAAAGAGGUAGAAAAAGAGGAGAUUGUUAAAGGUGACAUACAGACGGCCUUACUAAAUUUACAGGAAGCAUCAGCUGAGAAGAAAGUCUUUCAGCAUCAAGUGAGUGAGCAGGGAGAUGUGAGGGGCACCAUUCAGCUUUUACUGGAACCUACAUCUUCUCCUCAUAUGCAGAGAAGAGCUAGUACAGAGAAUGACAUAAAAAUGUCAAUUAAAUCCCUUCACGAGCAGGAACAAAACCAGAUGGAGAAGGAAGAGGUGAUCAAGGGAGAUGUUCAUGGAACUAUUAAAUGUCUUAUGCAGAAAAAAGAAGAAUCAAAUUAUAAAUCCAAAACAAAUCCUUUAAGAAGAGUUAAAUCAUCCACAAGCCAAUCAGUACCUACUCAGAAAGAGGCUUGUGAAUGCCCUUCUACACACAACACGACUGAUUCUAAGCCAACAAACCCAGUCACCUCUAAAACGUUUUCUCGAGGAACUGAAAUACAAAUACAGGCACAAAAACAAGUGCAUGUUCAACCUGAACAAAGUCAGGUUAUAACUCAAGAACUAAGUUCAGCAACCAAACAUAUGACUGGAGUUGGUCAGUCUGAGUCACAGCAAUUUACACAUAAGACAAAUGUAAAAGAGCAGCAAGUAAAACAACAACAAAGCAUCUCUAAUCCUGUAAUGAUAAAGAAAAAGAACAUAGGAAAGCAGAUACAUGAGAAACAUGCAGAAAGCAAUGCUGUAUGCUCUGGAGAAAGUGAAACAAAAGUAACAAAGCAAUCAACUAAAACCAUAAAACAGACACAAGAAAGCAAGAUGAUCACACAGGUUCAGGAGAGGGUGACAACAGAACAAUCCACUAUUACUCAGAAAACCACCAAUGUAACAUCAGAACAAAACCUUAAAAAUCUAAAGACUGAGCAAAACAUCAAUAAUCUGAACCUGAAUCCAAAAGGAAUGAUCAAAAAGAAGCCACAGCCAAAAAUUAAUUUUCCCCCACCUCCAAAUUCCCCUCCACCCCCUUCAGAGUCUGAGCUCUCCCUUCCUCCUCCUCCAUCAGCAGUGACAGUGCCUACCAUUUCUCUUCCUGCUCACCUGGCUAUGAGGCAGAUUAGCGAUCCCCCUCUUCCACCACCACCUCCACCUGUCAUUGAAUCAGAUGCUGACUUUUUCCCACCACCCCCUCAAGACCUUCUCCCCCCUCCACCAUCACAACAAGAACUCAGCAAUGUGACUCAGUCAAAUCUUGGAAAACCAAAGGGUCGACCUUUAUUCAGAGUGCCACAGUCUGAGCCUCUAAAACAGCCAGAGCCACAAAAGCCUAAGUGGCAGAAAAAACAAACUCCUUCUGCUAUCCCACCACCGCCUCCUCCUCCACCACCACAAGCACCUGAGAAUGAGUGGACAAAACCGGAAACCAAACAUGUUACAACUAUCACAGAAACCAAAAUAAAAGAAAAACAGCAUGUAGAAAAGGUUAAGGAACCGAAGAUGCCACCUCCACCUGUUACUGUAAUACCAUCAGCAAUCCAAGUAAACAAGCCAGAGCCAGAGGAACCACCCCGACCUAAAAAAAUAUUUGUUCCUCCAAUUAAACUCCCACCAACCCCAGAGCCAGCUGCUGAACCAAAGCCCAGACCUUAUGCAAGGAAAUUUAUAACACCACUUAUGAUGGCAGAAGAAAAAUAUCGCAAACAAAGAGAGGAAGCUGAAAAGAACAAAACAGGCUCUACUCCAACAUCUCCUCCUACUAAUAUGUUUCCCCCUACUAGUUAUACUGAAGCAGAGUCAACCACACAAAAACUCAGUCAGUCAAUAAUUACAAUGGAAUCACAGCAAGAACAUUCUAAAGAACCAGAGCCUGAGAAAAAGCCAGCUGUGGCACCCAGAGAGCAAGAACAUCUAAAUAAACAAAUCACAGAAACACAAGAACAACAAAUAAAACUUAGUACCUCAAAAAUGUCUCAACCGCCUGUCAGACAAAAUACACCUGGAAGCUUUCAGUUAAGCAAGCUGUCCUUUCCUAAAGUAGGUAAGAAAACAAUGAUUGAAUCAGUUGGUGUUACUUCAGAUGAAAAACGGGUCUCUGCUACUGACACCAAGGUUACAAGUGAAAUAAAAUUUCAGCCAACACCUGUAAUUCCUCCUCCACCAGUAACUGAACACCUACAAAAUGUAAAGGCAAGCUCUCAUACUUUUAAGCAAGAAGUUAGUUCUUUGCAGAAAUGUUCAGAAAAUGUUCAGUGCCAAUCUGGAUCUGCAGAAGCUAAAGAAACUAUAACUGAGGAAACAAAAAAGACACUACAACAACCUACCAAAAUCCCAAAAGUAACCCCAAAUUUUAAAGUCAAAACUAUUAAGGUGCCUCAACAGGUUAACCAGCAAGAGGUUAAAGAUUCAUAUCAAGUUUCCUCCCAAAUGACAACUGGAUGCACAGAAACUGGAAGGACAGAACAAGCACAGCAAAUUACAGAGAAAACAAAGCUAGAGGUACAAAUGCAGAAAGCCAAACAGAUGCCAAGAAUGCAGCCAACACCGGUGAUGCCUAAAGCAUCAGUGGAAAUGCAUUAUGUGCUACCAGCCACAUCAAUGGAUGUUCAUCAACAAAGAUCAGGACAAACAUCAGUUAUCCAGUCUCAACAGGUUAUUAAGGAGGAAAAUUUGCUGGUACGGGAAAAGAAGGAGAUCACAGUUCAACAGAAAAACAUCCAACAAAAAGAAACAUUUCAGAUUAAGAAGCAAAUUAAAGGAUCAGCAGGCGAGAUAGAGGCAAAUAAGCACCUUCCACAGAUGGAGGCCUGCCACAUGGUUAAAGAGACAGCAGAAAAGACCGCAAAUCUUCAGAGGUAUGAGGAGAUGCAACAACUGCUGAGUUAUACCAAGGUUAUGCAAGAAGAGGGGAAAAUGGAUGCUAAGUCUGUCAAGAUAAUGCUGAGCUUAAUCCCUGAAUGGUUGCUAGGAGCUGAAGAAAAAGCAGAAUUUAGCCGUGCACAGUUCAAUAAACGAAAACUUCAGGAGAUUAUUGUGUACGUAAAAAAUCUUGCUCAAACAAAUCUAAACUUUUUAGAGGAAAAACAUCUGUCACUGGAAAAGGCAGAGACUGAACUGGUAAAGGAAAAGAAACCUAUCGGUGGAGCAACCCAGACAAUAUCAAAAAUAAGCAUUGGUUCAGCUAAAGUGGAACCUCAGAAGAUAGUUAUGGAAAAGACUGUUCAAGACAGAAGUGAAUCAAAAAUGUUGCCUCCCGAGCUUAGAAUGAGAACACCAUCUCCCACAUACAUUUGCAUCGAGACAGCCCGAAGGACAGACUCUCCUCUGCAAGUCACCCCCUCACCUCCACCCUACAGAUCAGGCACAACACCUACUCCCCCAGCUCGCUGGUCUGAAACACCCACAAGUUUUAAUCGAGCUACACCUUCUCCAACUAUCGGUCGCUCAGAAAAAAUAUCCAAACUGAAAGACACAACAGCUAAGCUCUCUCAUGGAGCAACAAUAAGUGUGCAUGGUGAAGUGGCAGAGUCUCACUCAUCAAGCCACCAAGAGUUCACUACUGAAGCCCACAUGACAGAGUCAUCAAUGGCUCAGUCAUCACUGGAGGAUGACUCAAUGUUAAGUGUAAAAGACAAGCGGGAGUUUUUUGAGGAGGCUCAAAAGCUAGAGAGUGCUCGCCAGCAUGUGCGCAAGGAUCCCAUUGAUAUCCCAGAGCGUCUAGGACCAGAUUCAGACAACAAUGAGACAGAAAUACCUAUGAACAUACAUGAGAGGAUGAAAGAGGACAUGCCCAGGGUUGACUUGUCCAGACUUGUCAACCAGUUUGAAUCCCCACAGCCCCAAGUCUACAUGCGGAAGGAGCCAAUUAUAAUUCCUGAGAGGCUAGGCAGCGAUACUGAGGAUACUAAUGAACUGGAUAGAAAACCUCCCCAGGUCGAGGAGAUGCCUAGCUUUGAUAUUAAGGCCCUGAAGAAUGUGUUUGAGAUGGGUGAGCAGGCCCACCAGUAUCUCAGAGAGGACAGAAGGAGACUGGAGGAAUUGGAUGAACCCACAGGUUUUUCUGAGACAAAGUCUGAGACAGAACAUUUUUCAACUGUUGAUGAGUUUGGGAAUACAGUUGUGGGGUCAAGAAGUGAGAGUUCUGCACAUUCUCAGAGCAUAACAACACGACGCGAUCCUCCAACGUAUGCAGAUGUGGUGCGAGGAAAGGUUCCUGUUUUGGAUGUGCCACCUGAGGCCUCAGCUGAGGAACUUUUGAAGAACUUCCAACAGUCAUGGGCAGAUAGUGAGGGCCUUUUUAAGAACCUUGGAUUCAACGUUUCAGUCCAGCAAACCUCACACAGUGUAUCACAUCAACAGCAGACUGUUGUCACCGAAAAUAAAAGUGCCAGACAGCGAACUGUGUCGGGUAUGUCGCAAGAGGGUGUAUCCCAUGGAGUCUCUCAUAGCGGACAAACAAAAUUUUCAUAAAAGCUGUUUCAGGUGUGCCCACUGUAACAGCCAACUAAGCCUCGGAAACUACGCCUCUCUCCAUGGACGGAUGUACUGCAAACCCCACUACAAACAACUUUUUAAGUCUAAAGGAAAUUAUGAUGAAGG